UGCAAACCGCGGAGAAGGAUCUCCCUCAGGCUCCCGAGAUGGUCUGUGUGGAGCCCAGGGCAAUGCUUUUCGGUUAGAUGGGACAUCAGCUUGGCGCUGGGACAUCUUUCAGUCUCGGCUCGUCCCCGAUGCUCAGGGAAGGUCUCAGCCCUCGGUCGAACGAUUCAAACAGGAGCGAGUCACCGGGGGGCUAUACUGUGCUGUGCCUUUGCCGGAGUGGGGUGGGGGGAAGAGGCGUCGCUGCUCAGGGAGAGACUCUCCCGCGGACCCUGACGGCGGAGGGCUGAUGGCUCAAAGUCAGGGACCGACCCCCAGCCCCUCGCCCCAUCUCGCCCAGAUCCUGUGCUGCCUGGUGCUGGCCGGCUGUGGGGAAGCAGGAGGAAGAAGCAACAAAUUGAAUCCAGAGUAUCAAAUGCACAAUCACAUCAUAAAAUAUGAAACAAUAGUACCCCAGUGGCUCACCUCAGGACCAUUGGAACACCCUCCAUCUCAGAACCAGCAUCCAGCCUGGGCCGAGAUUCAAGUCACAGCUGAAGGAAGACAUUAUAUUCUCGAGAUUCAGAAAAAUGAGCAACUGAUGGCACUGGGUUAUGCUGAGACUCACUACAGCCCAACUGGAGAGCAAAGAACAAGCUACCCUGACCACAAGUCUCACUGUUUGUACCAUGGCAAUGUGAAAGGCUUCAAACACUCCAGCGUCGUACUGAGCACAUGCAGAGGACUCCGGGGUUUGAUCAUCCUGAAUAUGAACCUCAGCUACAUGGUGCAACCCCUUGAAGAUAGCCUUGACCAUCACCUUAUCUAUCGGACUGAACACCUAAAACUGAAAGGAGGGACAUGUGGACAUCAAGAGAGCAAACGCGAGGAAAAUUGGGUCAAAGAUUUCACUCGCCAGUUUCAUCCAGAACAUCAUCGGGUAAAGAGAGAUGUGGUGAAGGAUAUGAAGUAUGUGGAGCUAUAUGUCGUGGCCGAUUAUGCUGAGUUUCAGAAGCAUAACUGGGACCUGGAGAAGACCAAACUGAAAUUGAAGGAAACUGUGAACUAUGUUGAUAAGUAUUACAGGUCUCUGAAUAUCAGGAUUGCCUUGGUUCACCUGGAGGUGUGGACUCAUGAGAACAAGUGUGAUGUGAGAGAGGAUCCCUACAUCACACUCUGGUCCUUUCUAAAGUGGAGGCGGCAGAUAUUGAUCCGAAAGAAGCAUGACAACGCACAAUUGAUCACGGGGACCUCCUUUAACGGCACGACGAUUGGUUUUGCACCUUUGAUGGGCAUGUGUUCAGAUUACCAGUCAGGGGGGAUCAAUAUGGAUCACUCUGACAGUGCCAUCGGUGUCGCUGCCACUAUGGCACACGAAAUGGGACACAACUUCGGGAUGAGCCACGAUGCUGAUGGCUGCUGUGCAGCCCGUCCAGAGGAUGGAGGAUGCAUCAUGGCUGCAGCCACUGGUGAUCCAUUUCCAAAAGUCUUCAACAAGUGCAAUGAGAAGGAACUUCAAAAAUAUCUGAACAAUGGUGGAGGAAUGUGCCUGUUCAACAUGCCUGACACAAACACUCUGUAUGGAGGGCGAAGGUGCGGGAAUGGCUAUGUGGAGGAAGGCGAGCAGUGUGACUGUGGAGAGGUUGAGGAAUGCAACAACCCCUGUUGCCAUGCCAAUAACUGCACCUUGAAAAGAGAUGCAGAGUGUGCCCAUGGAAUCUGUUGUGAAAAGUGCAAGUUAAAGGCCUCCGGCACUGUCUGUAGGGCCUCGUCGGGACCAUGUGACCUACCUGAAUAUUGCUCUGGCAGCUCGGAGUUCUGUCCGGCCAACUUUUACAAAAUGGAUGGUGCCAGCUGUGAUGGAGGUCAGGCCUAUUGCUACAACGGGAUGUGUCUAACUUAUGACAGCCAGUGUGUGCUGCUAUGGGGUGCUGGGGCUCAGGCUGCUCCUGCAGAAUGCUUCAAGAUGGUGAACAGCGCGGGGGACACGUACGGUAACUGCGGCAGAGGCCCCGGGGGAAGCUACCGCAAAUGCGAGACCAGGAAUGCCAAGUGCGGGAAAAUACAGUGUCAAAGUGCAGCGCAGAAGCCCCUGGAUGCAAAUGCAGUCGCCAUAGACACCACAAUAAUCUUGGAGGGGAGGAAGGUGCAGUGCAGAGGUACUCACGUGUACAUGACUCCAGAGCUGGAAGGGGACAUGCUGGAUCCAGGGCUGGUCAUGACUGGAACAAAGUGUACUGAGAAGCAUAUAUGCUUUGAAGGACAGUGUCAGAAUGCUUCGUUCCUGCAGGCGGAUGAAUGUAUAGCAAAAUGCCACAACCAUGGGGUUUGUAACAACAAGCAUAACUGUCACUGUGAGGCGGGCUGGGCACCUCCGUUCUGUAACAAGCCUGGGUAUGGAGGCAGCGUGGACGGUGGAGUUGGAGCACCAGGCUACAACAGCCUGAUUGUGGUGGGAAUUGUGAUGCCAAUUAUAUUGUUGCUGUGUGGCAUUGCAGUAACUCUGCAUUACUGCUAUCGACGAAGAAACAACAUCUCUCCGAAGGACAUCAAGAACUUAGGGCCUGAUGACAAACAGUUCUGUGAUAAUAACGUGGACCAGAAAAUUAAAAACGGCCACUCAAACCCAACCUUCCAAAUCAGAAACAAAGAUACAAAGAGUGGACAACAGCAGAGUCCUGCACUGCCUCAAAAACCAGUAUUACCUCACUCUUUUCAUUCUCAGCGUCCUGUUCUGAUACUACCAAGCCUUCGGCCUACCUCUCCAACCAGUAACGAUCAGCAGGACAGCAUAGUGCCCACCCCUAUUGCAGUACGGGUUCAGUCUCCAGCAUCUUUAGAAUAUGCCAAUAUUAAACCCUUAAAACAAACACCUCCGAAUAGACCCUUGCCAGCGGAUCCACUCCCAAAGACUUCAAAGGUUUUGCAGAGAGUGGCAGUGUUAAACAGUAGCCCUAACCUCCAGAUCAAUAAUAGAACUGUUCAAGAGAAACUACAGGACAACAUGGCUCAUUUUGAACCCAAACCAUACAAAAGGGACCACAUACAGCCCGUGCCACAGAAACUGAGGAGAUAAAGGCUAUGGAGACUGGAACUCUUCAAGAGCCACUUGCACUAUCCUGAUCUCUGUCCUCCUAGACUCUCUCGAUAUCAAUGUUAAGCGAACAAUGAAUGUGAUAUCCAGUUCAAUGGCACCCUAAAUAUAUUGGAAUCACCCCAUUUGUUUAUUUUUAAAAAUGAGCACGGUCAAACUUGCAAUCCAAAACAAUUCAUCUCAAGUAAUUCAUUGGAUUAGCAUUUUCAGGAGAUGGGAACAAAUUCCUCAGGAACUUGAAAGACCACUUUUUGUUUCCAUUCAAUCGUUCUGUGCUAAACAAUGCAUUAAUCCCUCUGGUGACGGGGUUCAGUGGGUUCCUUCCAAGUCCUUAUACCCACCAACAGAUUCCAGUCCGCAGACCUGAGCCCGAAUGAUGCAAUUUGACAAGUUAUUUGAUAUAAAGGAUUCAUACACUCUACAUUGAUUGUUCAACCUCCAGUUCUUGUAUUCAGUUGAAUUAAGAAAACUGAGCGAUGAUAAGAACAAGGUGCGUAAAAUGCUAAAGCUAUUUAACAGAACAAAAAUCAUCUCUGGUGAGAGGAUUGAGACCAAGUGGUCAUCAUCUUCUAAAUGCUGCCCAUUUCCAAGAAGAGUUGGGGGAUAACCAUCGGAAGUGGAGGAAAUUCUCUUAACAUCCCAGAAGUAGUGAUAAAUAU